AUGAGGGUAUUGGCUGCCUGUCAGAAGAAGGAGGGAGAUGAGCAGCUGAGAAAGAAGACACCAGACAGGUUGGAGACAGUGAUCCUUGAUGUCACCAGCACAGAGAGUAUCGUGGCAGCUACUCAGUGGGUGAAGAGUGUGUUGGGAACAGAGGAAGUGUCUCAAUACAGGAUAGAUUUCAGCUCUGCCUUAAGGAGGGAGCUCUCCCAUUUUGGUGUGAAGUUGGCUAUUAUAGAGCCUGGACUCUUCAAGACUCCUAUGACUGAUAGUGCCAGAAUCUCAUCAAACUUCCAGAUGCUGUGGGACCAGACCAGCUCAGAAAUCAGGGAGACCUAUGGUGAGAAAUACUUGGCAUCCAGUCUGAAAAUGCAAAAUGAAAUGGAACAGGUGUGCAGGAAGGACCUGUCUUUGGUGACUGACUGCAUGGAGCACGCUCUGACUGCCUGUCACCCUCGCACCCGAUACUCAGCUGGAUGGGAUGCCAAGCUCUACUACCUCCCCUUGAGCUACCUGCCCACCUCCCUUGUGGAUGCCCUUGUCUACUGGACUUCUCCAAAGCCUGAGAAAGCCCUGUGAA